AUGGUUUCCAAUCUUUUGGAGAGAAACGCAUCAAUCAGACCAAAUACCUCAACUGAAUCCACUACAGCGGCAGCAUUCAACGGUCAUGAGCAGCAGGUCAGUUUAUUAUUUGCUAUAGGUAAAUGGGAUAUGAAUACGCCAGAUGAUACCCAGACAUACCCAAUCAUAUGGGCUUCACGUAAUGGGCACGAUAAAACUAUUCAGUUACUACUAGAACGAGGAGCCGAUGUCAACGCCCAGAGUUUAUUCUACGGAAAUGCUCUUCAGGCUGCUUGUUCUAAAGGAAACGACAAGAUCGCACAGAUGCUGCUAGAGCGAGGAGCCGAUGUCAACGCCCAGGGUGGAGAGUACGGAAAUGCCCUUCAGGCUGCCCAUCAGGGAGGAUACCAUAAUAUAGUACAAAUUCUCCAGGGACAACAAUGUGCUGAUCAAUCGACCUCCUAUCCCCCUUCUUCAAAAAGGCUGAAAGUUUCAUGA